AUGCUGCGCGGCCAAGCGGUUCACUGGAGAGCUGCCCUCCAACAUGCACCACGACAUGCGGCUGUGAGGCCAUUCCUCGGGUCUCCCCGCUACCAUGCGAACAUCAGAUCUGCUCUGAGCUCUCCCCGUCUUCUUCCAACCCUCCCGCCCGCAUCCCGAACGUUCUCGUCGAGCGCGAUCCGGCGGAAAGAGAAGGCCCCGCCCCCAGAGGACAAAGACCAAGACCAAGCAGACGAGAAUGAACAGAGUGAGACAAAAGCUGACAGAGAUGCGGAUCGGACACCGGAAUCGCGACGGAAGCAGCCCGAGCUGCCAGAGAAGCAGGGUUCGUCGGCAGAGCUGAGCACACCGAUCCCGAGCUCCGCCAAACGGAAGGACAAGUCGACCGGGGAGAAGGAUGACUCAGGUCUGGAAGAAGACUCAAAGAAGGAUCGUCCAAAGGAGCAACCGAAACCUGAAGAAGGAAAGGCUGAGGAGCUUCCGUCUCCGAUCCCGGCCACUGCGGGAUCGACAGAGUCCAAACCCAGCAGCGGCGGCAACGAGGAUGGCGGGAAGAAAGGGAGGAAAGGAUCCUCAGAGAAGGCGCUGCAGAAGCCCUCCAUCCCGGAUGUCUAUCCUCAAGUGAUGGCUAUCCCGAUUGCCAAGCGUCCUCUGUUCCCCGGUUUCUACAAAGCGAUUACGAUUCGAGACCCUAAUGUGGCGACUGCGAUUCAGGAAAUGAUGAAGCGUGGACAACCCUACGUGGGAGCCUUCUUGUUCAAGGAGGAAGAUGCGGAUGGUGAUGUGAUCGAGAAUCUGGAUGACGUGCAUAACGUUGGCGUUUUCGCUCAGAUCACAGCUGCGUAUCCCCUUCGAGGAGAGGCAACUGGUGUCACAGCGGUGCUUUAUCCUCACCGCAGGAUCAAGAUCAAGUCUCUGGAAACCCCCAGCGACCCGUCACGGACGGCUACAACGGAGCCACAGCCUACCCGCGAGGGAACAGAGAAGCGCGGUGAUGUGGUCGCCAGCUUCGAAGAAACCGCUGCCGAACAGACUCCCAAGGACAUUUAUGAACCUACAUCUUUCUUGCGGAAGUACGCAGUCAGUCUGGUCAAUGUGGAGAAUCUAUCGGAGGAGCCACAUGACAAGAAGAGCCCCAUUAUCCGCGCCGUGACAAGUGAGAUCGUGAACGUCUGCAAGGAGAUUGCGACCCUGAACCCGCUGUUUAGGGACCAGAUUUCGGCCUUCUACACGGAUCAAUUCCCUGGAAAUCUUAGUGAUGAGCCUGCGAAGCUGGCAGAUUUCGCUGCCGCAGUCUCUGCGGGUGAGUUGCAUGAGAUGCAGGAGGUCUUGGAGACCAUGAAUAUCGAGGAGCGUCUUCCAAAGGCACUGGUUGUCCUAAAGAAGGAGCUGAUGAAUGCCCAACUGCAGUCCAAGAUCUCCAAGGAUGUCGAAGCCAAGAUUCAAAAACGCCAACGCGAGUACUGGCUGAUGGAACAGAUGAAAGGCAUCAAGCGAGAAUUGGGCAUCGAGUCUGAUGGUAAGGAUAAACUGGUUGAGAAGUUCAAGGAAAAGGCGCAGAAGCUGGCUAUGCCAGAAGUUGUAAAGAAGGUGUUCGAGGAGGAACUGAACAAGCUUGCGCAUCUGGAGCCUGCUGCCUCGGAAUUUAAUGUUACCCGGAACUACUUGGACUGGAUCACCCAGAUUCCCUGGGGCCAGAAGAGCGUGGAGAACUUCGGGAUCAAACACGCAAUGUCCGUACUGGACGAAGAUCACUAUGGUCUGAAGGACGUCAAGGAUCGCAUCCUUGAGUUCAUCGCCGUAGGAAAGCUUCGCGGCACCGUCGAGGGCAAGAUUCUCUGUCUCGUUGGCCCUCCCGGUGUCGGAAAGACUAGUAUUGGAAAGUCCAUCGCCCGUGCGCUGAACAGGCAAUAUUACCGAUUUUCGGUUGGUGGUCUGACAGACGUCGCGGAGAUCAAGGGUCAUCGACGAACGUACGUCGGUGCUCUUCCUGGUCGCAUCAUUCAGGCGCUGAAGAAGUGUCAAACCGAGAACCCCCUGAUUCUGAUCGAUGAGGUUGAUAAGAUUGGACGUGGUCACCAGGGUGAUCCAUCUUCCGCUCUCCUCGAACUCCUUGACCCCGAACAGAACUCUUCCUUCCUGGAUCACUACAUGGAUGUCCCUGUAGAUUUGUCCAAGGUGCUUUUCGUCUGCACAGCCAACGUCACCGAUACGAUCCCCCGCCCGCUCCUUGACCGAAUGGAACUGAUCGAGCUCUCCGGCUAUGUGGCUGACGAGAAGAUGGCGAUUGCUGAGAGGUACCUAGCCCCGGCCGCCAAGGAGCUGAGUGGUCUGAAAGAUGUGGAUGUCAAGCUUCAGGAAGAUGCUAUCGAGGAGCUGAUCAAGUCCUACUGCCGUGAGAGCGGUGUCCGAAACCUGAAGAAACAGAUCGAGAAGGUUUACCGAAAGGCCGCUCUUAAGAUCAUUCAGGACCUUGGUGAGGAUGCCAUGCCCGAAGAGGCAGCGCUCACGGAAGAAGGCAAGGCCGCUCAGCCAGAAUCUGAAAAGAAUGAAACAGACCCCGUCCAGCCUCCUGAGGAUCCCGAGAAGGCGACAGCCGAGACACCGCGCCUCGCCCUGAAGGUUCCCGAGUCAGUGCAUGUUAGCAUUGGCAAGGACAGUCUAAAGGAUUACGUGGGACCUCCAGUUUUCACCUCCGACCGACUGUACGAAACGUUCCCUCCCGGUGUGACCAUGGGUUUGGCCUGGACUAGCAUGGGUGGCGCUGCUCUCUACGUCGAAUCUAUCCUGGAGAACGCGUUGACAGCCAAGUCCCGACCCGGAUUCGAGACCACCGGAAACCUUAUGAACGUCAUGAAGGAAUCCACUCAGAUCGCUUACUCGUUUGCCAAGUCAGUAAUGGCUAACCAGUUCCCUGAGAACCGGUUCUUCGAGAAGGCCAGGGUGCACUUGCAUUGCCCGGAAGGUGCCGUUCAGAAAGAUGGCCCGUCCGCUGGUAUCACCAUGGCGACGUCUUUGCUUUCUCUGGCGCUUAAUCACCCUCUCGACCCGACGAUUGCCAUGACCGGAGAACUCACCGUUACUGGCAAGGUGUUGCGCAUCGGAGGUCUACGCGAAAAGACUGUGGCUGCUCGCCGUGCCGGAGCGAAGACUAUCAUCUUCCCCGCUGACAACAUGUCCGACUGGCUCGAGCUGCCUGAGAACAUCAAGGACGGAAUCGAGGGUCACCCUGCAAGCUGGUAUUCCGACGUCUUCAACAUCGUCUUCAAGGAUCUUGACAAACAAGCUGCAAACCACAUCUGGAAGGAGCAGCUUUCUGACCGAGGCUCCAAGAAGAUUGAAAGUGCGAAGGAGGAAGAUGAUGACUGA